UUAAUGAGAAUCCAUCAAAAAGAGUUUAUUUCUUUCCUCUUUCAAACAUGUCUUGUUUUGCUCUUAUUUCCAAUUUUUAGUUCUUCACAACCUCACCGCAAAAUUAAAGACAACAACUACAUUAAGAUGAGUCCAAGACUUCAAUUUGAAAUUACAUUACAUGGCUUUCUUCUUUGGGCUUCAAUGGGAUUCUUGAUGCCGAUUGGUAUACUUGCAAUUAGACUAUCAAACAGAGAAGAAAAUCCAAGAAGGCUUCGAUCUUCAUAUGAUUUUGCAGUUUGUAUUCAACAGAUGAUUGCUGUACUUCUUGCAACCGCAGGAGCAAUUAUGUCCAUAAAAAAUUUCAACAAUCUCUUCAACAAUAAUCAUCAAAGAUUAGGGGCUGCACUUUAUGCUAUUAUAUGGCUACAAGUACUACUUGGUAUCUUUAGACCACAAAGGGGAUGCAAAAGAAGAAGUGUGUGGUUUUUUGCACACUGGAUACUUGGAACUGCAGUCACAUUCUUGGGUGUUUUGAAUGUUUAUAUUGGUUUAGAAGCUCACCAUGAAAAAACAUCAAAAGGCAUAACAACUUGGAAUUUAUUUUUCACUAUUCAGAUAUCAUUGAUUGUAUUUUUCUACCUUUUUCAAGAAAAAUGGUUCUACAUUCAAAAACAAAGAGUGGUUUUGAAAAAGGACGAAAAUGUUCCAAAGGAGGUGGGAUUGAAGGUUGGAACUUGUUAA